AUGGAGAGAUGCUCCAUCUCUCCUGUUGCACGACUGCUUGCCCUCCGCUGGCUUCUCUCUCUCCUUCUCCUCUCCCUCCUGCUCCCGCCCUCCACCUGUAACCGUGACGACAGGGAGGCGGAGGAGCAGCUGUCCGUCACCGCCCAGGCCACGCCCACCCCGCUCUGGGCAGUGGUCUGGGGCCCCACGCAGCCCCUGGAGGAUGAGACCUAUCACUUUAUCUCCAGCCAGGAGACGGAGCCGCUGUCCCACCCAGGGCGGCACCUCGUGGGGGGCAGCACCACGGCGCAGGACUGGCCCCGCGGCUCCCCCGGAAGCGCGCUCCCGCCGGGCGACACUCUGCUGCUGCCCAAGCCCAAAGAGGACGACGAGGGGACAGAGGCGGAGGAGACAGAGCCGGAGGAAGUGGACCCCCAGUUCUACGUUACUGUGACGAUCUCCUCACUGCUCAUCCUGACAGCGGUCGUCAUAACAGCGAAACUAUGUUACGACCGCAGCUGUUCCCAUCACCCGCCCCCGCUGUCCCGUGGCGUGGCCCCCCCCCUCUCGCUCGCCCUCCCUCGCUCCCUCGCUUCGGAGGAGAGUCGGCAGACGCUUCACAGCACCUCGUCCUCCUUCGCGGACAGAGAGAGGUAA